AUGGUUCUCAAGAUCCGUCUCGCGCGCUUCGGCAAGCGUCAUGCGCCCUUUUACAACAUCGUCGUCGCUCACGCCCGAACCGCACGCGGCAGCAAGCCUCUCGAAGUCCUAGGCACAUAUGAUCCCAUCCCUAAAACCCCCACCGACGGCAACGAGGCGGCAAAGAAGUUCAAGGAUAUCAAGCUUGACAUUGAUCGCGCAAAGUACUGGUUGGGUGUUGGUGCUCAACCGAGUGAUCCUGCUUGGAGGUUGCUUAGCAUGAUUGGCCUCAUGGAGCCCAAAUACAGGCUAGGACAAGAGCUCAAGCAGGAGGGUGCUAGCUCAUAG